CUUCAUACGGAUUUAAACUCUAGAAAAGAGUUUCAAACAUGCUUUUCUUAAGAAGCAUUAUGAUCUUAUUCCUCGGUUGCAUAACCAUUAAAAUCAACCUCUGCUUUCCCAGCAUUAUUUCUUCACUAAAAACGCUUCCCAUUGAUGGUCAUUUCGAUUUCGAACAACUUCACCAGGCAGCUAAAGAUUUCGGCAAUAUCUACAGUGUCCUUCCCUCGGCUGUUCUAUGCCCCAAGUCGGUUUCGGAUAUCGCCACCACGGUGAAGCAUGUUUGGAAGAUGGGUCCUGGUUCGGGGCUCACAGUUGCAGCUAGAGGCCAUGGUCAUUCACUCCAGGGCCAGGCACAAGCGCCUGGAGGUGUUGUCAUCAACAUGGAAUCACUCCAAGGCCUUGAAAUGCAGUUUCACACCGGGAACUUCCCCUAUGUCGAUGUCUCCGGUGGCGAGUUGUGGAUAAACAUCCUGCGUGAAGGCCUUAAACAUGGGCUGGCACCGAAAUCUUGGACGGAUUACCUGCAUUUAACGGUUGGUGGUACGUUGUCGAAUGCCGGGAUCAGUGGACAGGCCUUCCGGCAUGGACCUCAGAUCAGUAAUGUUCAUCAACUGGAAGUUGUUACAGGGAAAGGAGAAGUGGUGAACUGCUCGGAGAAACAGAACAGCGAUCUCUUUUACAGCGUUCUUGGAGGACUCGGUCAGUUCGGUAUCAUAACACGGACUAGAAUAUCGCUGGAACCUGCACCGGAAAUGGUGAAAUGGAUUAGAUUGUUGUACAUUGAUUUUGCCACAUUUGCCAAGGACCAAGAGAAGUUGAUAUCUGGAGAAAGCACAUUUGAUUAUAUCGAAGGAUUUGUGAUAAUAAACAGAACUGGUCUCCUAAAUAACUGGAGAUCAUCAUUCGAUCCACAAGAUCCUGUUCAAGCCAGCAAAUUCAACUCAGAUGGAAGAACUCUCUUCUGCCUAGAAUUGGCAAAGUACUUCAAUCGAGACGAAACGGAUGUAGUAAGUCAGGAAAUUAAGAGUUCAUUAUCUCUGUUAAACCAUGUUCCAUCAACACUUUUUGUAUCUGAAGUUCCCUACAUUGAGUUUCUAGACCGAGUUCACAUUUCCGAGAUCAAACUAAGGUCGAAAGGUUUAUGGGAAGUUCCACAUCCAUGGCUUAAUCUUCUCAUCCCAAGAAGUAAAAUCCAAAUAUUUGCUCAACAUGUAUUUGGAAAUAUCCUUACUGAUACAAGCAAUGGCCCCGUUCUUAUCUACCCGGUUAAUAAAUCAAAGUGGGACAAUAGAACUUCAGUUGUACUACCAGAAGAAGAAGUUUUCUACUUAGUGGCAUUCCUUUCUUCUGCAGUACCUUCUUCAACAGGAACUGAUGGCUUAGGCCACAUACUAAUUCAGAACAAACGCAUUCUAGAAUUCUGCGAGAUAGCUCGUCUCGGUGUAAAGCAAUACCUGCCACAUCAUUCGACACAGAGAGAGUGGAAAGCUCAUUUUGGCUCACAAUGGGAAGCUUUCUCACGGAGAAAAUCGAGUUAUGAUCCCCUGGCAAUACUUGCUCCUGGCCAAAGAAUAUUUCAAAAGGCCAUACCUUACUCACAAUAACAUCUAGAGAAUACGCUAAAGCAUGUAGGUAAAUGUUUUAGCUGCAUAUUGGCAUAUAGUAGUGAAUGCCUCUCAAAUGUUGUAAGUACAGUGUAUAGGCUAGAUUUUUUUCCUCUUAAAUCCAAAGGGUCAAUCAUAUCAUAUGUAGAUUAUUGAUUAAAGCUGUAUAAGAA